GUUUACCAUACACUGAGCAUGGGGUUAGUGGAUGAUCGUAUAGUAUAAAUUAGAUUUGGCCUGUCCGAAUUUCUUCAUUAUUACAAACGAAUCGCAGGAAGAAGAACGUUUAAAGUUACUAGAGGUUUAGUGAUUGUGCAAAAUUAGUUUAUUUACAGGAAUAUAAGAGUAAACAUUCAUGAUGUUGGACAACGACAACAAGAACGACGUGCAGGUGGCUGUGAGGCCGAUGAUGAACGUCUCGGCUGGAAUCUCGUCGCUUCCAAUGGAAGGAAGCUCAACUUUGUCAGCAAUGCCAUCUUGUCCGAAAGGCGGUGUUAUUGUUCAGGUUAUGUUCGCUGGUGUAUGCUACCCAGAAGGCCACAUCCGUAAAGGCCAGUUCAGACCGCCACUUCCAGGCCCGGAGGUUGCUGGCAAGGUGUACGAUAUCUGCAACACUAUUCCAAACUGCAACCUGAUGCCUGGCGACAAUGUCAUCAUUUUCCAAGAGGAGCAAGUUAUGGAUCACUAUCAGGAGUUCAUUUCGAUUGACAACGCAGACAAUGUCGUGCAGGUCCCUAACACGGUUUCAUUGGACGUGGCCUCGAUGUUGUCUGGCAGUGCACUGUCUGCAUACAAUGCUGUGUUGAAAGCUAUCCCCCAUGUAGAGAAACUUCAGCGUGUAAAAUCAAGCAUCAAUGUACUGAUUGUUGGAGCUGGCAGUCUUGGUCUUUGGACACUUCAAUUGGCCAAAUUCCUCAUGGGCGAUGACAACUCAAACGUCCGGCUUUUUGUAGCCGACAACAGCAUCGAUAGAUUGAUCACUGCUCAGGAGCAUGAUUGCCAAGACAUCAUCCACUGGUGCGAGGAAGACCACGAGCAGUACAUCAUUGAACGCACACUGGACGCAUGCCGCGGGGGCGUCGACAUUGUCGUAGACUUCAUCAGCUCACCAAGGACGAUGAUGCGGUCUCUCAAAAUCCUUAAUAGGGAAGGUCUGAUUCUUGUUGGAGGCAAUGCGAUGGCGGAAGUUUCCAUCAAUCUCAACACGCUGGCUGCAAAGCAGCAGAGCAUUGUAGGCAUCCCACGUGGCACUGUUGACCAGGUCCGAGAGUUGGUAGAGGCUGUCGCAGAUAGAAAGCUUGAAGUUCCAGAAUUCAGCGUCCACAAUAUGGACGAAGCUAAAGAAGUUUUUGAGGACCUUCAGAGCUGCCGAUUGACCGGUCGGGCCAUCCUACGCUUUGGCAACUCGAGCACCACUCACACAACUGAUGUCACGGACAAUUACUAGUCGUUUGCGGCUAGCUCUCAUUUAAAACUUGCAAUCAACAUGUGACACGGAAUUCACAGUCUGCUGACAAGUCAGUGUUGUUGUGAUUAGUCAGAUGUCGACAGAGUUGUCGCAGAUGGAACUUGCUGCAUACUGAUCUCAAAAAAGGAGUGUCGGGUUGUCGUUAAAUUGUAGUUUGCAAACUCCCUGUUCAAACUUGCAACCCCGCAAGCAAAAAACCCAGUCAGUAGUGCACGUGGUGGAAUCAUGAUCUGAGGAUCCAAUGACUAUGUGCCAGGUUUCCAUAGUUACUGGAAAACAUGGUGAUCUGUGUGGCCAUAUUGUGCUUGUCUAAUACAGUUUCAAAUGUUGGUACAGUUAGGUUGCCUGGUGCUUUUGGGUGGGGCGAUUACAGUAUUACGUGGAAAGACAGUUCGGGAAAACUGGAAAUGUUUCAUCAAAUUAUUUAUUUUAAAUUAAUACAUAAUUACUGAUCAGAUAGUAUUGAACAAUUGAAACUGUAUAAUAUCAUGAGAUUAUUGCAUUUAAUGCUGGAUCAUUUGUACGGGUUCAAUUUUCUUUUGAAUUCUUAAAUUUUCAUGUCAAUGACUUCAGAAAUAAACUUCUUUUUCUAUAAAGUGCUCACGAUAAGAAGUGCUGUACCUUGUUAAAUGUAUAUAUAAUAUUUGAAAUAUUGAAUUGUCAUCUCAUGGACUUCAAAAAUUAUGUUUAUUUGCCAUCAAAUGCCAACAAUUAGGUUUAACAUUUUAUAUAACAUUAAGUAUAUAACAUUAAGUAAUGUAAUCAUUGUUUCUGCUUAUGUUGUAUAUCAUUAUUCCAUUUGACAUGUGUGGUUUUAAAUUGUAAACACAUGUAAUGACUUGAAUAUGUUGUUAUUUUUGUUUAAAAAAUGUUAACACAUAAUUAUUAUUUCAUAAGAAAUUGUUGAAAGUGUUCAAGAAAUAAAAGAAAACCAUAAUAGAAAAAUCAAUAAAAUUAUUAGGAAAAUA